AUGAGUACUGGUCCCUCCUCAUGUCCAAUUGACGCGUCCGAGGAAGUGACGGAAGGAUGGAAGCGCAAUGUACUUGAAUGUCCCAUAAGCGGGUUCUACAUUAGACUACUCCUGUUACCGGUAGUAGUUCGUUCGACUGCCUAUCGUUCAGUCGUCGGGUUGUCAGCCGAAGAUCACUGCGCUAUUAGCAGUGGCCCAUCUGAAUUCGUUUUUCAUACGAUUUCCAUUCUGUGUGUUCCGAAGUUUCUCGAUGUGACGAUAAUGUUUGACCUGAUCGAGAAAUUCUCUUACUCGUGACAGAAGUAAGACAAUCGAAAGAACCGUCGUUACCGAGUGCGGAGGGUCAUAUUUUUAAAACUGCACGCGUUCAUAGACC